GAUGUGCGUGCGCGUGCGCGGUCCUUGCGAGCUCUCUUGCGCUCCACCCCCACCCCCUCGCAGUCCGGGGCUGUAUCGGCCUCUUCCUCCUGCGGAGUCCCGGGCAGGACCCUCAGCUGUGGCCACGGCUGGAGCCGGGAGUCGCCACCUCGCCGUCGCCGCUCCAGCUGCCUGCCCCUCUGUCUUGGGCUCUGCGUGCAGUGCAGAGGCGGCGGGCUGGGAAGGGAGCGUCGCCAGCGUGAGGUUCCCAGCCGAUGGGCAGCCCCUGGGCGCACUGAGGGGCUGGGCUACUAGCGGCUGAGGUGCUACAUCUCCGAACGCCGCAUGUCAACCGAGGAUUCUGGCCGCGGGACCCUGCGCUUUGGGGCGCAGUUAGGGAGUAGGAAGAAGACAAAGGAGGUCGUUAUUUAUGUUCUGUCCUGGGGUCAGGACUUUCCUUGCUGGGCUGCAUGCGGAGCUCCUGGCAUUUGUUUGGUCUUUGCUGAAUAGACUUUCUGGGUGAUUGAGAAAAUGAUGCAUCCUGUUGCCAGCACUAACCCAGCUUUCUGUGGGCCUGGCAAGCCUUCCUGCCUUAAUGAAGAUGCCAUGAGAGCUGCUGAUCAGUUUGACAUAUAUUCCUCCCAGCAAAGCAAAUAUAGCCACACAGUCAGCCACAAACCAAUGGCUUGUCAGAGGCAAGACCCAUUAAAUGACACGCACUUGCAGACUACAAGUGGCAGAAGCAUAGAGAUAAAAGAUGAACUAAAGAAAAAGAAAAAUCUCAAUCGAUCUGGUAAGCGUGGCCGGCCUUCUGGAACCACCAAAUCAGCAGGAUACCGGACCAGCACAGGCAGACCCUUGGGAACCACCAAAGCGGCUGGAUUUAAGACAAGUCCAGGCAGACCUUUGGGAACAACCAAAGCUGCGGGAUACAAAGUCAGCCCGGGGAGACCUCCAGGUAGCAUUAAAGCUCUCUCCCGUCUUGCCGAUCUUGGUUAUGGCUGUGGCACUGCUGCUUUUCCUUACCCUAUGAUGCACAGCAGAGCAGUUCAUGGGGUCGAGGAAACCAGCAGUGAAGUCAAGCCACCCAGUGAGUGAAUGAGGCAGGAAAGGAGGACCAGGUUUAGAAGGAAGAUUGUGAAUAAUCCCAAAGCUUCUUGGUUUUAUUUUGACAUACAUGAUUUUGUGACCUGGGCUUUCUUUCCACAUUUGUUUUCCUGUUUUUUUGUUUGUUUUUCCUGCUUUUGCUCAGAAACUGCCAUAUGCUGACAGAUACACUCGGCACAAGCAGUGGCAUUGAAUUUGUACAUAGAUUCAAGUAUAACAUCUAACUAAAAAAUUUUUGCUUUUCCUUUACAGUUACGGUUGUGUCUCAUAUUUCAUUACUGCUUUUGGGCCAUUCUAAAUAGAUGCUUUAUGUAUUAAAACAACAGAAUCCAUUAUACCCAUUAGUUUGUGAAGUAAGCCUACAAUAUAAGAAAGAUAAUAUCUAAGGUAUCUUUAACUGAUGGAACAAGGCAAACUAAUAAUUCACGAUUAUUUGAAGUAUGGCUGUUAGUUUUUGCAACUUUUAUUUUCAUGGGACAGGACACACAUUUAUAUGCUUUGGCAUUUACUUAGACUUCAGAUGUUAAAAAUUUUAUUUUUAAUGUUCUAGGUUUAGGCAACUUCUUAUUUAUUGAUUUAAAUGGCAUUAACUGAUUUAACCAUUUGUUCCUAAAGGAAUUAUUUAAUGUUUGCCUUUCAGCAAUGAUAGGUUGUGUCUUUUUUAAUUGCCUAAGAGCAUAUGUACCAAACACUACAAACGAUUCAAACUUUUUAAUAAAAACUGCAUAUUACAUUUUUGGUGAAAUACAGUACAUUCUGAGAAUAGCAUAUGUAAUAUAAUAGAAAAAGAAACAUUCUUAAGGUUUGCAUGGAACUGUAUUCACUACAUUUUGCCUUUCAUAGACUUAGUUGUAAAGCAUUAUGCUUAAAACAUUUAUUGUUGUUCAUUUAUUCAGAAUGUUUAGUGUUUUGUUGUGUUUCUUUUUCUGAGAAAUUGUUGCAUUAGCACUUACUGUGGAUUCAGGUUUAUACCUACCAAAGGACACAAACUGAAUGGUAGACUAAAACUGCUAUAAACAAAAUGCAGUUUUCUGACUGUCAGAGUACAGAUAUUAAGAAAUAUAUAGGAAUCCAUCUGAGCAUGGAAUAUGUAAAAUAUAUGUGGGUUAGUUUAAUUAAACACCUAAUUGUGGCUCCAGUGAGACCACACCCAAAGUUUUUCCAGCAGUGUUUGCUUUAGAAGUAAGAUAGAUGGAAAAGAAAAAAAGUAUUGGGUAUAGUAGGGACGGAAGGAAGUCUUCUUGACCCCUUUCUGAAAGUAAUAUUUUUUUGUUGAUAAACAUUUUAUUUAUCCCAAGUUUGCUCUGAAUAAACUAUUAUAAACUUUGGAUUUGAAAAAAAUUCCACUGAACUUUAAAGUUACAAUGUAUGUAUUUGUGAUUUAAAAUGCCUUUGAGAUUAUAAUGUAUAUUUGCAGGACCCAAAAACUUUUAAAGUGAUUAAAAGUUUAAAAAGGCACAUAUUGUGUUGUUUGGGCUUGCUCUCAGUUAAUACAAACUCUGAUUGCAAAUGGAUGUCAUGUUUCGUACCUUUUUUAUCAGGAAAAAAGCAGCAAGCCUUCAGGUGUUCCAGUGAUGCCUGACACAAUGAGCUGGAGUUUUUGCUGCUCUUUACAGUAAGAGGUGUUGCAUUGUAUGUGGGGACUGUGUGUGCACUGGCAUCUAAGACAGUGACCUCAGCAAUUUUAGCUUUGCACAAACCAUAGCGAACAAUGUUGGAUGAUUACAUAAUCAGUUGCAACAUUCAGGCAGCUAAAUUGGAGAAGCCUAAACUAUAAAAUUUUAAUCAUUUACUCAGAACAGUAUAACUUUUGACACACACAAAUGCAUACAUCUUUACUCAUAUAUUUAUCUACUUUUAUUAUCUGUCAUUUAGCUAUUUCUCAGAUUGAUGUUCAGCAGUUGGCUACUUAGAAAUCCUGUUUUGAGUUCCUGAAAACGGUUGUUUAAUUAAAUAUUCUACUGUAGAAUAAUAUAUACCACUGUCAAGGAUUUGGUUGCAUGAUGUGUUUUUAUAUGUCUAUUUGACAUUGCCUUUUCAGUUUAUUUUGAUUCCAGAUUUUGUUAUACAUAACCUUCCCUUUCUCUCUGCCCUUUCCAACAUUCAUUCCCUCCCAUUUUCCCCAUCCUCCAGCACAUCUACUCAGUGGUGCUGUGCUGUGUGUCAGAAGGUAAAGCAGGUGUAUUAUUGUAUACUGAUUUUUUUUAUCCAUUUUAAUGAAAUGGUGAAAUCAACUAAAGGAAGUAUGUGCAUAACAGUGUUUAUUAGUAUCAGGAGCUGUGUCCCAGGGAAGAAAGGGGGCAAAUGGCUACAGUUGUGAAUGGAUAACAUCGUUUAUAAAACUGAAUUUUCUGUUUAUGAGCUGUUACUUGGAGUACUAGAUCUGUGCUGGUGAGCAUCUCCUGAUUCUACUUCCUUUUCUCCUUGUGAACAGUUUAUUGAUGCCAUGCUAAAGAGAAAGACACAUCUAAGUGAUAACAUGAAGUGUUAAACUAGAAAAUAUUUUUACUAAUCUAUACUCUAAACACUACAUUGUGCAUCUUUUGUAACACUGUCUCUUGUCAUGACAAACACUGAAAUAGCAUGUUAAAAUGCCUAUACUUUAAUAUAAUCAGUUGGGGAAAACUGGCCUUUUCCUCCCACUGUAUGAUUGUUCCUUUGUUCCUUUAAAGGUAAAUUGCUAAUUUUAUGUUGUGUAAUUCUCUUCACAAAAUAGGUUUCACUAUUCUAUAUUAAAACUGUUGGUCAGAAAAUUAUCUGCUGUUCAAGUAAGUUUGCUUUACUUUUUUCUUUAAAAAAUAUUUUAACAUGCCUUAUUUAUUACUCUUACAUUAACCAAUGAGCUAAUGCAGAUGAAAUUUUCAUUUUUUGACAAAUAUAACCUUGCAUAAUUAAUCUUUAGUAGGGGAUGAUUUUGAUACAAUCUUUGGAGUUUUGCACUGGAUAUUAAAAAAUACUGGCAUGUUGUGUUGGAAGAAAAGUAUCUGCUUAAUUUUUAAUAUUUGGGGACAUUUUUAAAAUCAGUGAUUCAAUUAGACUAAAAAAUUCUUUAUUUUUAUUUACUUUUUAAAAGAAACAUGUUAAAGUAAUAAAAGUAAUAUUCAUUCCAAACUGACGUUUGUGUGAAUUUACAUGUUUAUUUUCAUGAAGUAAGAAUAGAGUUUGAGUUAAGGAGGAAAAAAAUUAUCUGAAAUCAUUUACUUAGGUUAAAGGUAAUCCAUCCAGUGUAAGGAAAAUCAGUGUACCAGUUAAAGAGAAAAAAAACACCAACCUUCUCUUUUAUAUUUUAAGAAGCUUUAAAAGAACAAUUCAGGGGAUGUUGACUAUAACUGCUACUCUGUCAGUCAUUGUCUUUAUAUGCAGAAACAUUUUAUGAUCCCUUUAUAGUAAAAUAGAAGAACUUACAGCAGUUGUUGAAAACAUGUUUUCCUUGGACAUAAAAUAUUUUGAUGCUUUAGGUUUCUGUUUUUAUUAUAGCUUAUUAUAGCUAACUAUAUCCUAUUAAACUCUAGGAUGUAUCUAAAUCUUUGCUUUUCCUCCAUCACCCCCAAGUAGAUAAAUCCGUGCUUUCACAUAUAAUGUAUUAAUUUUUGGAAAAUUAAAUGCUAUAGUAAAUCAAGUGUGUGAUUUAUAGUAAUCAGACCACUUUGAUUCUUUAAGCUUCACAGUUUCCUUUUUCCACAGAUAAUUACAGAGAAAAUAAUUACCAAUUAACUGAUAUAAGCACGCUGUCCUCUGCUGUAAAAAGUCUGAAUAGAUACUGUGUAUGUUUUUAUGUCCAUGAACUUGAGCUACUCAUGUGCAAUUGUGUGUAUGGGAAUGGAGUAGUGUUCAUGAUUUGUAUCUACAUCAUCAUAUGGAUGUAUAUUUAUUAAUAAAGUCAUUACUUUAAAACCAA